UGCUGAUAUUGGAAUUUUAUUAAAUGAAAUGUUAGAAAUUACAAACUAAUUUAAAAGAAGUCUGUAUUUGUUUUAUUUAAACGAUUAACGAAAUGUCGGAUUAUGAGGAUGAAAAAUCUGAUGUCAUAGAAAAACGGCACGAACAUGUUUUACCAGGAGAGCACGUAUAUGAAGGGGUCUUGUUCUUCGGUUACACACCACCAGAUAUUCUCGACGCCGUAAAGGACUUCGAAGUGAGGGACUCUGAUAUCUUCCUGUCAACCUACCCAAAAGCUGGUACAACAUGGCUACAGGAACUGACUUGGUUGGUAAUGAAUGAUGGGAACUUUGACGAAGCAAUCCAAAAACCUGUUUACUUCCGGUCACCAUUUCUAGAGUUCAAGGACGAAGAUUUAAACGAGGUUGGGCUGGAUCUCGCUAAUCCAAUGCCUUCGCCGAGAAUUUUAAAGACCCAUCUACCGACGAAACUUAUGCCAAGCCAGAUACAAACAAGAGAUUGCAAGACGAUCGUUCUAUUCCGAAACCCAAAGGAUUUGUGCGUCUCAUACUACCACUUCUACCGCGCCAGUUCCUCAUUCGGUGACUUCCGCGGAACCUGGGAAGACUUCUUCUACAUGUUUCUAGACGGACACGUUGACCACGGGUCCUGGUUCGACUACACGCGCAGUUGGUGGGCACGGCGGCAGGACCCACGUGUAUGCAUCCUCUACUUCGAGGACAUGAAGAGUGACCUCCGACGGGAGAUUGACCGCCUUUGCGACUUCCUGGAGAAACCACUUCAAGAGGGCGUGCGGGACGCGAUUACCGGUCACUGCCUGUUCGACAGCAUGCGAUCCAACCCGAUGACGAACCAUCUCGAUGUGUACUCCAUAAACGCGGAGGUGUCGCCCUUGUUAAGAAAAGGUGAAGUUGGAGACUGGAAGAACCUUUUCACGGUUACACAGAGCGAACUGUUCGAUAAAUUCUACAAGGAUGAACUAGGAGACUUAAAUAUUCCUUUCAAAUUCACACUAGAUUGAUGCCAAGCUGGAACUUGAUACUAGUGUAGGUGUUGUCAGAGUAGCUUUGGUGAUUUAAGCUACCUAUGAUGGUUAAAUGACUAAGUACAUGAGAAAGGGGUUUGGAGGUGUCUUGUUGUUGUUUCUAAAUUUCAUGGUCUUCUUUGACAUAUUGAUUUGUAAAAUGAGUUUGUAUUUAAAAGCAGAGACCUCUGAAUUAUAGUAUGAAUCUCGAUUAUUUAUGCCAAGCCUUUAUAUUUUGUCGAGAAAAACAUUAACAGACUCAAACAACAUAGAGUUGACGUGACAGAAAAUGGAUGAGACCGUAAUCAAUUAUGGUUGAAAGAAAAGUGGGAAGAAACGAAUAAUCGCAUAUCUAUUUCCACCGCAGUAAAAGAAUUAUCGUGUUUUCAUCACAUGUUGCAUAAACAACUAUGACGAGAGUUAUUAAUAUUUUAACAAUUAUUUUAUGUAUAACCUCUGUAAUUUAUUCAAUUU